AUGGCAGAAGACCUGGAAGAAGAGACCGAGAUCUUGGAGGACGUGGAGGAAGAGACGGAAGACGUGCAGGCCGAAGAGGAUGGAGAAGGGUCCGACGCUGGAGACGGGGAAAACAGCAUGCAGGGAGAGACGGUGGCACAGGACGAGGUGCUGGACAAGUACAAGAUGGUCUAUGACCAAGGACUUGAUCGGGUGAAGUUCCCAUCGGAUAUAUCUGCGGAGAUUCAGCGCACCUGGAAGCGGUUUCUGGAACAUGCAGGCACACCCGAACACGCGGGCGAGUUGAUCUUCGGCGCGUGGUGGGAAGCAGCACCUUCCCUUCAUUCGUAUUUUCUCACGCCCAAGACGGUGCUGCACCUCCGAAUUGUCCAGGGCAUCAGCCCCAUCGUCGCUGCCUUGGGCCACCCAAAUGACUUGAGAACCCAGGUGGAGAUCAUUUGCUUUCGCCAUCUCGACCGACCGGUGAGUGUUCAGGGUGCUGAAGUGGUCCGCGACUCCAUGUUGGACAUGUGGGAAGCCGAGCUGGGCGCAGAUUUCACUCCCAAGGCGCGGAUUGGUUGGUUCUCUUUCCUCAACUAUUGGGGUGGUGCAUUGGUCUACUUCCAGCGCGAGUAUGCCGGCCGCAUCAAAAUCAUCCACCGAAGCUGGCGCGAGGCCAACAAAUCGGUGGCCUUACCCGAGGAAGAGGAGGAGGUGCCAGCAACCAGCGAGAUUAAAGAAGAUGAGGAGGCUCAGGCUUCUAUGGCAGAUGACACCAAGAAAGAGGCGGCGAAGGUCAAAGAAUAUGAGGCGCAGCAGUUGGGGCGAGAGGAAGGAGAAGAGUGGCUCACAGAUGAAGGCACGAAAGAUCCAAUGUGUUGGGCUUUUCGGAGUGGGCCUGUCACCGAUGACUCCCAUGUGAAGCAUAAACAGAUGUUUUUGUUCAACGCCGCCGUCAUGGGCUUCGGGGGCUCCACGUGGAUGGACAUCAUCUUGGAUCAGCGCCUUGGGAGAACGGGACAACGGCGAGCUUGCAGCAGUGCCGCUGCCGAUGCCGCAGAGUUCAAGACAGUCAAGGGAAACCCGGCGAACCCAAUGCAUUUGAGGCAGCUUCAGCCUCAGCCGGAGCCACCGCUAGAAAUGCCGCAGUGGGUGUCCUGCAAGGCCAUUGAGCAGAAAGCAGCACCUGGAGGCACUUUUGUGGACAAGGACUUCCCAGCAUCCUCAGAGAGCAUUGGUGGAGUGACAGGAGAUGCUGCCAAUCCCAAUGUUGGCAAGUACCUGCAGGACAUGCUGAAGCUGGUCGUGCCUGGUUGGGUUCGCCCGGUGGAAAUGGUUGGAAAGAACGCCACCAAGUACAAGCUCUACGGUGUGACUGGUGAGCCAUGCCUUUUCAAGCACGUCUCUCCCCGUGACAUCCAGCAGGGCUACUUGGGUGACUGCUGGUUGGUCUCCUCCUUCAGCGCCCUGGCCGAGUACCCGGACCGUGUGCGCUCCCUCUUCAAGCAGCACGAGCUCACUGAGGAUGGGAGGUAUGACAUCAGGCUCUACUGCCCUCACGCGGAGGAGUGGAAGGUGAUUACUAUUGAUGAUCGCAUUCCAUACUGGCAACGGCCUGGCGCGUAUGGCACGCCAUGCUUCGCGAAGCCAACCAAAGAGAACGAGUUCUGGCCUUGUCUCUUGGAGAAAGCCUGCGCCAAGCUGGUGAAGGCCUACUAUCGCCUGGACGGAGGCUUUGAGGCUGUGGCGCUGGAGAUGCUGACGGGCAAACCCGCGAUCAGCGUUGGUAUCAGUCUGGACACAUCUGGACACCAGCCUUAUGGGAUCAUAACUGGUCCUGACCAGAACCAUUUGGCCCACGCCACCGUCUACAUGCGCCUGCAGGGAGUGGAUGCCAAAUGGCAAUUCUUUGGGCAGGAUGCUUCCUCCCUCUGCGACAACAUGACCAACCUCACUGACACUGACCUUUGGGCCAAGUUGCAGGCCUGGGACAAGGAGGGCUACAGCAUUGCGUGCGGAAGCCGUGGCAACUAUCAGGGCAUCAUUGCAGGUCAUGCCUACACCAUUUUGCGCCUCCUUGAUGUGCCAAUCACAAGAAAUGGCAAGAGCAUUACCCUGCAGUUGAUGCACGUGCGCAAUCCUCACGCGACCAAUGAAUGGAAGGGCAAGUGGCACGAUGAUGAUAAAGAGACCUGGAACGCCUAUCCAGAGGCGCUGAAAGCAACUGGCCACAAGAUCGGGGUGAAGGACUACAAGCACGGCUUUGCGGAGGUUGCAGUUUGCUUCGACAAGCAGAACAAGGGAAGGCGCUAUACGGACCAAAGCGCACAGGCGCAGGCAGAUCACCAAAAGGUCGAGAUGGGUCCUACGGGUCAUCAAACCUGGGAGGGUCUUCGCUAG